AACACUUUCAAUUUAUUUAAGUUAUACAGAAAAAAUUAAUUUUUAAUAAAUUAAAUAGCUUAUAAGAUGAUGUUUAAUGAAUUAAAUUAGUUUAUUUGCUCUUCAUUAGAGAGCCAUACUUCUCUUUAAUUAGCCUUUAGUCGAAGUUAGUUAAGUAAUGAAAAUAUAUCAAGUGUGUGCCAAGCACUAAAUCAGUCUAUAAAUUUAAAAUCUUUGAUUUUUAACUUCAAGACAGUUUAAAUCAGCACCUAAAAUUUAAAUAAUUUGAUAGUUUCUAUUGGACUUUGUGAAAAGCUUUAAGAUUUAACAUUAAACUUGAAUAAUAAAAAGAUAGGAGAUGAAGGGAUAUCUGUUAUAGCUUCAGCUCUUAAAUAAUGCCCAAAAGUUAUUGAUUUGAGCAUUUUAAUGAUAUGGAAUUAAAUUUCAGAUAUAGGAAUAUCUAAUUUUAGUAAUUAACUUAAAGAUUUAACAUAACUUUAAUAAUUGAAUUUAAAUUUAAGUUACAAUAAUAUUAGCGAUGCUGGAAUAAUUGAAUUAAGUAAUUCAUUAAAAUAUUGUAUAAAUGUUAAAAAAUUAGUUCUUAAGCUAUGUAGUAACUUUUUUAGUGAUUAAGGUAUAUACUAAUUAGGAAACACAAUGUAAUUUUGUUCUAAUAUUAAAAUUUUAUAGAUUCAGCUUAAAUAAAAUUUGAUUACCAAUUAAGGUAUUAAAUUAUUUGGUACUACUCUUAGAAAAUGUAAUCAAAUUAUUGUGCUCAUAGUUAAUUUAAAGUAUAAUUAGUAAGAUUUUGAAGUGUCACAAGAUCUAAAUAUUAAAUUUAAGAAGGCCAUAAGAUUAACAACAUUAAAAUUUGACUAUUGAAACGAAUAUCUUUAUUUUAAUUUAAUUAAUAAUUAAAUUUUCAAGAAUAAAGAGCAAAUAAUUAAUGAUUCUCAAU